AUGCGAUGGAAACGAAUUCAUCUUUUAUCGGAUGAUACAGCAAAGCUCUAUGAAAAUUUACCACAAGGUUUAACGUGUCAUAUGUCACGCAUUGGUUCAUAUAGUUUACGAGCAGUGAAAGUAUUACGUGCGUCAUUAGCAGAAGUUGAGGCAGUUUUAACCGGACAGACCGAAUUACUUGGGAGGGAUGACACACCAUCAUCUCUACUUGCUCGUUUAUUACCAGCUACUUAUGUCUCAGGUGGUUCUAUUCGACAGUAUCCAAUGCUUUAUCAUUCAACAAGUGAACAAGAGAAAGUAGCAUUGGAAUAUACAAGAGUCAAGCCAUAUACAGCAGUCAUACAAGAAGAGGCACAAGAAGAAGUAAAAAAGAAGGCCGUGGUGCUCGAGUUAAUGGACAAUCAUGUGCUCUUGAGUUAUACACUGUUGACUCAAUUACAACGUUCUGAUACGAGCAAGAAGACGAAAAAGGAGAAGGAGAACAUGGUGGUAACUCCAUCAGUUCCAUCAUUGCUGCAUUUAUAUCGUCCAGUGAGGUCACCAGUGUUUGCAGAGAGAAGACAGGACUUUCGAUUGGAAAAAUUAGCGACCAGUGACUUUGAUAUCACGUAUAUUAUCCAGGAGACACCACGGAGUCGAGAAGAUGGAGACCUGCAGAAAGAUGCAGUGCAGACAGUGACACUAGAGGUUGUACUGACGUGUUCAUUGGAGUCAAGCCAAGUGGAGAUGGUAGUAGAUAACAACAACAAGAACAAGGCAAAAAAGGAUCUAGAGCGUCAGCAAAAGCAACGAAUCCGACACGAUGCUUUGUGUUUGACUCGAUUGCAGCCAUACAUUGAUGCGUAUCGACAGGAAAAGUUCUUACGACCGCAAAGUUAUCAGAGUCAACCGCGAGAGCCACAGCAUGAUCCGAGAAAUUGUGAUCCGAACAUGUUGCGUGGAAGUUUGUUUGCUGGUGGACGGACAUGCGGUGUCUGUCACCGCAAAUUUCGGCCGUUUCGGUGGAAAAGGCAAUGUGAAGCAUGCGAAAAGCUCGUGUGCAACCAGUGUGUCUCUGUUCUGGCUGUAACACCGUCGCUAUCGCGACGCAAGAAACGCAUGUGCUCACAGUGUAUGUAUAACGAGACGGCUAAUGCCGCAGCGAUGCACAAAGAUGCUGCGGAGGCGAUACAUGAUAAUGCAAAGAGCUUGGGCAGCUCGUCUGGAUCGGUUAUAGCUCGCGCGUUACGUGAGAACUCCAGAGCGAAUGUUUCCCAGUUUCCAAGCCUUGAUUCACUGGUCACGCAGCACAAGUUGAGUCGAAAGGCAGCUUCUGUUGAAAUGGGAGAGUCAUCGAAGAUCUUUGGCCGUCUUCAGAUUGAUUUUGGUUUAGACCCUUCGCUUGUUUCAACCUGUUCAGAUAUUCCUGAUCGUCGACGUGCUCGGUCUCGGCAGUCACAGCUUUCGCAGGGGUCAGUUGUUAGUACAACGUCGAACGCCAGCAGCACAAAUAACCUUGUUGCUGCAACCAAUGACAACCGACGUGCGACGCUGCCCACCCACAUUGAUCUUUAUGACGUAGAGUCCGCCGUUGUCGAGUCGAUGCGUUCUCGACGUGCUAAGACUGUACUGCUCGACGACGCCGAGAAGAAACCUGUUACGCACAAGGCGCUAGACUUGAUCACUUCUGUAUCGUCUUCACCCCCGACAUAUUACUUGCAUUCGACGUUGACAAAGGAAGUCAACUACGAAGAGGAGCAGCGGCAAAGGAUGGCUAUACCUCAUGCAAGCUCAUGUGAGACCUCCAAAAUGGAGUUUAUUCAGCUAACGACGCCUAAACCGGACUAUGAACUGGACUUUAGCUGGUAUAACAUUUUCCCUAAGGCUCCCGUUGAGCGUACUGCUGCUGAGUUUUCCCGCGCGAAAUAUGUUGAGGUGACUGGAUUAAAGCUGGAUGCUCGCUCGCUUGUGUUCCUACGCCAUGACAAAGCGCUGGCAGAUCUGGCAAGUUGCGUGUUAAAAGUGGCUUCUCAGUGGAACACAUGUAGCAUCAAUGUCGUUGGUAGCUACAAAGUCUAUUGCCUAGUGACGGCUUUUAACAAGCCUGAUCCCCUAGACCUUGAUGGCGGCAUGUUGGAGCUAGAGACUUCACCAGUGGUGGUCGACAAUGUUGUUCCUCGGGAGGAAAGUGUGAGCUCAUAUGUAGUACAUUACCGGUCACCUUUUUUCGUGGGUGAGAUGGAGCAAGAUUCACGCUUUCGAGCCCACCCGCUCCACACAGAACAGCGUGCUGUAUCAUUGCUAAGCUUCCCCAUUUAUUCGUCAGGUGCCGAUGCCAGUGGUGUUCACUGUGAUGGUGAAGCUUAUUGUGUGGCUACAUUGGACUUGUGGAAAAGAGACAAUGUACCUGCAAGUAGCUACAUUUCUCACGACUGGAUGUCCAAUAUGGGUGAUUUGCUACGCAAGAUUAGUGCUCGACUGGAAGAUGUGGCCCUGGAGUCGCACGCGGGUCUCAUACCUCUCCCCCAUUCUACUCACUCGCUUGGAUCAUUAUAUGAUUCGAGAGGGAUCGCUCGACAUGCCGAUUCGAUCAUCAACCCUUACGAGAUUGGCAGCGAAUCCAUGGUAGAUCUGUCAUCUUUUUCUCAAGCGGAGACUAUGGAUCAACUUACGAGUCUUUCAUAUGCUAAAGUCCGUGGCGUUGGCCUGGGCGGCAUUACUAGUCCUGGGUCAUUGACAUGGAAAUACAAUAGCGACAACGAGAGUACUACGUCUAGCCAAAGUGCCAGUAGCUCAUGUAGCCAGAGCUCACGCUAUUCAUCACACCUUUAUUCAGCUGCAGACAUGCACACGACGAUUGAGUCGUUAUUGCAUCAGGCUUCGAAAACAUCCCAGUACAUUAGUGAGACAGGAGUAUUCAUUUAG